AUGAUUGAAAUAUUGGAGUUAGUAUUUUAUUCAUUAAUUAAGUGGUCGUUUGGUAUUACCGCCUGUGUAUUGGCCACAGUAUAUCUGAUCCACAGAUAUGUGUCCUUUCAGUGCACGUAUUGGGAGACACAGGGAGUGAAGACCGAUAGUGUGAGUCUAUACACGAGAUUCACAAAACAAUGGUAUGAAUGGGAACAGGAUUUGUAUAAACGAAAUGGGAAAAUAUUUGGGAUCUACGAAAUCACAAAACCCGUACUCUUUGUGUCGGAUCCGGAACUCGUUCGCGAUAUUCUGGUCAAAGACUUUCAUAUAUUCAAUAAUCGUCGGGAUUUUAGGACAGGCGCCGACCCAUUGCUGGACAAUAUGGUUAGUGUCGUUAGAGAUGAACAGUGGAAGAAAAUCCGGUCAAUAAUGUCGCCGACAUUCUCGACGGGAAAACUCAAGAAAAUGAUGCCUUUGAUAGUCGAGUGUCGGAACAGUUUGAUCGACAAUUUGGACAAAAUCGCCAAAACUGAUGGCGAGAAGGAUAUGAAGAGAUUGUUUGGCGCCUUCGCUAUGGAAGUUGUAAUACAAGUGGCUUUUGGCACAAAAGUGGACGCAAUGUUUGAUGAAAACAAUGUUAUUAUAGAUCACGCGAAGAGGAUUUUUGGCAAAAAUAUUAGCCCAAAAUUACUUCUCGUUAUAUUAGCGCCCAAAUUGGCCGCUCGUUUCAAGAUAUCAGGCUUUGACAGCAAUAUUACAAAGUUUUUCAAAGAAUUUACGCUAAAUAUUAUUGAAGAGAGAAAGAAGAAUAAGGACGGCGUCAAGAGAAUAGACUUUUUGCAACUUAUGUUGGAUUCGGCAGAAAAUAAUAAUACUCUCGACAGUGAAGAUCACGACGAGAAGGAUAAGGAAAAAUACAAAGAAAUACAGGCAACCGAUGACAUCGAGAAAAGUACUAAUUAUUACAAUACUUUCUCUCUCUCUCUCUCUCUCUCUCUCGAGGUCCGGCGCCGAACGGCAACUCUAACAUCGGAUGAACUGAUCGGUCAAUGUGUGCUUUUCUUUUUGGCCGGUUAUGAGACGUCCGCCACAACAAUGGCUUUAUGUCUGAAUGAAAUCGCAAAACAUCCAGAAGUGCAGCAAAAACUAUAUCUCGAAUCCAAAAAAUAUUUCGAUCAAUUCAAAGGCGUCGAUUACGAUGAGUUAAAUUCAUUGAAAUAUUUAAACGCCGUUAUUAUGGAGACACAGCGUCUGUUUCCGGCCGCUGUCUUCUUGGAAAGGGUUCCCAACGAAGACUACGUACUGAAUGGCACCGGAAUUACCAUCAAAAAGGACAAUAUUGUUCACAUCCCGACGUAUGCCAUGCAUAGAGACCCUGAAUAUUUUGCUGAUCCGGAUGAGUUUAAACCGGAGAGGUUUUUGGCCGAAAACAUAGCACACCAUCCGUACGCAUACCUACCGUUCGGCGCCGGACCUCGAAAUUGCAUUGGCAUGAGAUUAGCGCAGAUGGAGAUCAGACUCGCACUGAUAUCAGUGGUCAAUCGGUACCGUUUCUAUCCCUCAGAGGUUUGUUUUAAACCAUUGGAGUUUUACUUCACGGGAGGACUACUCGUCCCCAAAUCAGUGGACGUCAAAGUAGAGCGAAGGGUCUGAUUGUCUCAUAUCA